AUGACUGAUCAUCCGUAUUUCAAUGAGGAAUGCUUCGCUCAAAUACAGGACGCCUACUCCGAUUCGAAGUUCCUAAUUGCGAAGGAGAAGACCAGGCUCACGGCUCAACGACCGGUUCAGCAGACAGAUCAACCAGCCAAGAUGACUCAAUCCAAGCUGCCAGACAUUGAGCUGCCAAUGUUCAACAGUAGCUACACGGAUUGGCCAUCGUUCAUCGAUUUGUUUGGAUCCGUGGUGAUGAAAAGGGAGGACCUGGACGAUAUAGAGAAAUUCUACUAUUUGAAGGGAUGCCUGCGAGGAGAACCGCUCCAGAUCAUCUCGAACCUGUCGCUCACCGGGCCAUCACUCAAUACCGCCAUCUCCCAGCUCAGGAGUCGAUACGAGAAUAAGCGUCGCCUCAUUCAGGCUCACCUGGACCAGCUCGCUUAUCUGCCAGCAGGCCCACUGGUCAUGGGCCAAGAACAAGCAAAGAGCCUGAGCCAUCGUAUCAACGGCCCUUGA